AUGUCAUCCAUCUGCCAAUUUACUGCUGCAAACAGUCGACGAAAGAUUGACGUACAUGCACAUGUGUUGCCGAGGGAUAUUCCGAAUUUCCAAAAGAAAUUCGGCUAUGGUGGUUUUGUCACAUUGGAUCAUAGAGAAGAUGGUACCACAAAUAUGAUGAAGAAUGAGAAAUUGUUCAGGGUCGUGGAACCGAACUGUUUUGAUACGAAAGAACGUUUGAAGGAUAUGGAUAGGGCUAAAGUGAACGUUCAAUGCUUGAGUACUGUACCUGUGAUGUUUAGUUACUGGGCGAAACCCGAACACACCGACGAGGUGAGCCGUUUCGUGAACGAUGAUUUGUUGGCGCAAUGUCAAAUGGCGCCGGAUCGCCUUAUCCCACUUGGCACGAUGCCAAUGAACGACAUUCCCCGAGCGAUUCAGGAACUUCGACGAUGUGUCAGCAUGGGUUUUCGUGGAUUCGAAAUCGGUUCUCAUGUGGGCGAGAAAAGUUUGGAUCACAAAGAUUUUUGGCCACUUUAUAAGGAAUGCGAAGAUCAUGGCGUGGUAAUAUUUGUACAUCCAUGGGAUAUGCAUAGUUGGGAUGGUCGUUUGACGAAAUAUUGGAUGCCAUGGCUAGUAGGAAUGCCAUCGGAAACCGCUCAAGCGAUUUGUAGUGUACUGAUGGGAAACAUUCUUCUGAUGUUCCCACGAAUUCGUUUCUGUUUCGCUCACGGUGGCGGCGCGUAUCCGAUCAUCAGUGGACGAGUUUCCCAUGGCUAUAAGGUACGACCGGAUUUAUGCGCUACGGACUGUUCAACAAAUCCUCGUGAGCUACAACAUCAAAUCUGGACCGACUCACUAGUACACGAUCCAGUGGCGCUCCACCUACUUGUGAACACUGUAGGGAAGGAUAAAGUGGUGCUAGGAACCGAUUAUCCGUUUCCAUUAGGUGAACUUGAAGUUGGAAAGGUUGUUGAAGACUACGAACUGUUCACGAAUGACGAUCGGAAUCAACUUCUAUGGAAAAAUGCGGUUGAUAUGUUCCGCUUAGACGAGAACACUCUUUAUAAUCGAACAUUUUGA